GCGUCAUCACCUUCUCAACUUGAACUGACCUUUCCUCAUUAACGAGCACAUCAUUUCCACUUCGUCCAUAUAGCGAAGAGUUUCCUUAGACGACUCCGUUUGCACCAUUUGGACAGAACCAGGAGAAAUGGCCACCCGCUUCGCGCUGAAAUGCGCAAAAGAGUCCGCCGGCGAAAUUCCCCUUCCUAAUCUCUGCAUAGGUACCUGGGCGUGGGGGGACUCCUGGACGUGGAAAAACGCCUCAAAAGAAGCAGUGACUAAUUUGGAGGGUGCAUGGACCUGUAUGAGUGAUACAAACCUCUUUUUUGUCGACACCGCCGAGGCUUAUGGGCAGGGCGAGUCGGAGCGGAUCAUCUCGAAGCUCCGCCAGGAUCCAAAGUUCACCAAUGAUGAGUUCAGGGCGCGGCUUGUCAUCGCUAGCAAGUUCCUUCCAAUUCCAUGGCCGCCGACCCGCUUGUUCCCGGGUAGCAUGGCGAACUACUGCAGGGCGAGUCUCGAGAGGCUGGGCAUGGACAAGAUGGAUCUAUAUCAGAUUCACGGACCAACACACUUUGCCAACUCGAUUGAUGCCAUGGCGAGCGGGCUCGCAAAGUGUGUGGAUCUGGGCUUGACUCGUUCGGUCGGUGUCAGCAACUACAGCAAGGAUGAGAUGAUCAAGAUGGACGAGGCAUUGAAGAAGAAAGGACUAAGGCUUGCGAGCAACCAAGUUGAAUUCUCACUGCUGCGCACCCUCCCCGAGAAGAGUGGGCUCUUGGAAGAGUGCAAAAAGCGUGGAAUACUGCUGAUGGCUUAUAGCCCGCUCGGCAUGGGCCGUUUGACCGGUAAAUACGGAAAGGGAAACCCCCCACCAUCAAAUAGAAAAUUCGGAAACUACCCCAUGGAGAAGCUUGCCCCUCUCCUGGACACCCUGAGCAAGAUAGCAAAGGCGCACGACAUCAAGUCUAGUGCCGUGGCACUCAAAUGGGUGAUUCAGAAGGGGGGCAUUCCACUUGGUGGGGUUAAAAAUGCCAAACAGGCCGAAGAAAAUGCGAAGGCCGCCAGUGAUGAGUGGAUUCUGAGCGAGAGCGAGAUGGAGGAGCUGGACAAACAUUCCCAGGUAGGAACGACGAACUUCAUGUGGCAGCAUGGCUGA